AUGGAGAGCUCACUGCCAGAGGGAUCACUCUGGGGCUGUCCUUCAGAAGAGCCAUCUCAGGAGUCCCACGCUCUCCUGCAGGACCUGUCUGCCUUCAUAGACUCUAAAGAACAAGACUCUGUGACCUUCAAAGAUGUAGCUGUAGACUUAACCCAGGAAGAGUGGACCCUGAUGGAUAGGUCCCAGAGAAAGCUGUCCAUUGGUGUAAUGCUGGAGAAUAUCACUCAUCUGGUCUCCGUAGACUGUCAGUUCUUCCAGUCAGAUAUGAUUGCCCAGUGGGAGCAAGGAGGGGAGCUGUGGAAGGAAGAGAGAGGACUGGCCCAAGGCUGGGGUCCAGUUAUUUCAGGCUUGGAAAACAGCUAUCAAAAACAAGAAAUAAUAUCUAUGGAAGACAUCUGCAGGGAGGAUGCAUCUAACUACAAGACAAUAAUACAGAAAUGUCACUCAGGAGAAGACCCCUUUGCACAUAUUGGGUGUGAUGGAGUUUUCACUCACCCCUACACAUUGUCUCAGCAUGUUUUAACUCACACUGGACAGAGACCCUAUAAAUGGAGUGAAUGUGGAAAACCUUUCAGUCAUAGAAAUGACCUAUAUAGACACCAGAAACCUUAUAUGGAAGGCAAACUUUAUAAAUGUAACGAAUGUGAGAAAUAUUUCCAUAAUAGAAGAAAGCUUUGCAUACACCAGAGAAUUCACACGGGAGAGAAACCCUAUAAAUGUGAUGAAUGUGGAAAACACUUCAGUCGAAACUCCCACCUUCGUUCCCAUAAAAUAACUCACACGGGAGAGAAUCCAUUUGUCUGUAAUCAGUGUGGGAGUCAUUUCAGGUAUUUUUCAUCUUUAACUAGACAUAAGCAUAUUCAUUCUGGAGAGAAGCCUUAUGAAUCUCAUCUGUGUGGAAAAGCCUUUGUUCAAAGCUCUUAUCUUAAACAACACGAGAGAACUCACACUGGAGAGAAACCAUAUAAAUGUCUCCUAUGUGGAAAAGCCUUUGUUACAAGCUCCAAUCUUAGAGAACAUGAGAGAACCCAUACGGGAGAGAAACCAUAUAAAUGUCAUCUAUGUGGGAAAGCCUUUGUUCAAAGCUCUUGUUUUAGACAACGUGAGAGAACCCACACUGGAGAGAAACCAUAUAAAUGUCAUCUGUGUGGGAAAGCCUUUAUUACAAUCUCUGUCUUAAAAAAACACGAGAGAACCCACACUGGAGAGAAACCAUAUAAAUGUCUCCUAUGUGGAAAAGCCUUUGUUACAAGCUCCAAUCUUAGAGAACAUGAGAGAACCCACACUGGAGAGAAACCAUAUAAAUGUCCUCUAUGUGAAAAAGCUUUUGUUACAAGUUCUAAUUUUUGAGAACAUGAGAGAACUCACACUGGAGAGAAACCAUAUAAAUGUCAUCUAUGUGGAAAAGCCUUUGUUACAAGCUCUUGUCUUCGAGAACAUGAGAGAACUCACACUGGAGAGAAACCAUAUAAAUGUCCUUUAUGUGGAAAAGGCUUUGUUACAAGCUCUUGUCUUAGAAAACAUGAGAGAACCCACACUGGAGAGAAACCAUAUAAAUGUCCUCUAUGUGGGAAAGCCUUUGUUACAAGUUCUAACCUUAGAGAACAUGAGAGAACUCAUACUGGAGAGAACCCAUAUAAAUGUCCUCUAUGUGGAAAAGCCUUUGUUGAGAGCCCUAAUCUUAGAGAACUUGAGAGAACUCAUGCUGGAGAGAACCCAUAUAAAUGUCCUCUAUGUGGAAAAGCCUUUGUUACAAGCUCUUGCCUUUGA